AUGAAGAUAAAAUACCGGACCAAACCUGUUACCUUGAAUUGGAUACAUGGGACGCAUGCGAUCCGGACGAAAGCGCUGAUGGACGUCGGCACCUCGUUGUGCGAAAAUUUUGCGUUUAGCUACGCACGAUCCACGUCGAUUCACACUGCACGGUGCAUGAGUGGUUCAGAAUUGAUCCAAGCACCGAACUACACGUUGAAAAGUGGCGUGAUUCCCUUGGGAGGGAAGAUCAGUUCUACGAAGAUCUCGGUCCCCUACCCUGGCAGCAAGGCUUGU